GAGAAAGAACUAAAAUGGCAGUUGAGACUCGUACUCAAUUGCAACUUCUGUGAACAACCGGUUAUGCGUUAACUGGCCGGAGCAACCCACCGGAUCGGUGCACGAACUCCAUUGCCGGCCAUUCGGAAUAUCGAGCGAGGACGAAGAGACUGUCGCUGCUUUCAGUGUCUACCAGGAUAACCGUUGGCUCUUCGUCUUAUUCCUUCGCAAUUUCUUCCUCACGGUCUUUCUCUGGUUCUUCAGUUUGGGUUAAUUUGCUUUAGAGUUCAAGCACAACUAGAUUGGAGCAACAGCUGCUGAAGCUGCAAACAUCAAAUCACUUGUUGCAAGAGUCGUGGAGGAGGAAUUGAGGAUUAGAAGUCAGAAUCCAGAACUACACAUGGAUCAGAAUCUCCUGCAAGACGCCAAAGAACAUCCCAGUAGCAGUAAUAUGCCCCCGGAAGCUGCGGAAAACAAUCAGCUGGGGAUCUUUGACAGACCUCUUCCUUGCUUUGGUUGUGGAAUAGGAUGGUUUUCCCUGCUACUUGGUUUUGUAUUCCCAUUCAUGUGGUAUUAUGCAACAAUUCUUUACUUCCGGAAUCACUACCAGAGAGAUCCGAGGGAGCGGGCAGGGCUAGCUGCCAAUGCAAUAGCUGCUCUGAUAUUUACUGUAGCAGCUCUAGUUGCAGUUGCCCUGAUUGUAUUGUAGUCAUCUUCUGCUAUACUCUUAUGUUAGCUGAAAUCCAUAAUCCAGAUAACUAAGUGAUGGCUCCCCUAUGAAGAAAGUAACUUCACCAGACCACGCAACAGAAAGGUGACACCUACUGGAAUAAUGCUUGCAGGCAAUGUGGGAAAUGGGAGAAAAUAGCUCACUAACAAGGGUAUGAACAUGUAAAGAUAUGUAGUAGUUAGUACUACUGUCCAUUUGUUGUGCUGUUUAUUAGACGAUAAUAUGGCUUCAUCCUGUAAUAUUUUGGUGCAGCAAUAUACAUGAGGAACCAAAAAAGAUUGUUUUUCAGUUGCUCAUGGACCCAUCAUGUUUGUAUAAUUUUU